CAAGUAUUAUAAUUGUCUAACUGUUCAACUUACAAUUCGUAUUUAGAAAUGAAUUUCUUUACACUUUACGUAACUUUAGUGUACACCAUUCUAAGCGUGCAUUCAAACAUUGAACCACUUAUAGAAAAAGUAAAUUAUUACAAUCUAGGUAAAUAUAAUAGUCAAGUCACACACAAAUCUAUUAACAGAAACUCUGAUAAGAUGCCUGAAUACGACGACCAACUUCCCGAUUUUCCACAUAAGCAAUUAGAAGAAGAAGAGAGCCCAUUUCACAGAUUUUCUGAACUGCUUAAUUCUGGAUCUGUCCUACCAUUGUGGUUGGUGAACCCAAUGUACUAUGUAUUUGAAGUGUUCGCAAGGACUGUAUCAUAUUACGUAAACUAAAUUCGAACGGAUGAAAAUAUGUUGAAUGAUAUCAAUAUGAUACACGUUGACCAAUUCAAAUAAAAUAUCAUUUUCGAAUUUAUCA